AUGAUACCCCUCAUCAUCAUGGCCGGCCGCAAUAACCCCCUGAUCUCAUUGCUAAAGAUUAGCUUCGACACUUACAAUCUGCUACACCGCUGGAUGGGCCGCAUCAUUGUCGUCGAGGUGGUCGUUCAUACGGUUGCCUGGGCGAUCCCCGCCGUCGCUCACAAGGGCUGGGAAGCCACGUGGGCAAAGCUCUUCAAGAGCCUCUUCAUCGGAUCUGGCACCAUUGGCACCAUUUCUAUGGUCUUGUUGCUCUUGCUCUCCCUCUCACCUGUCCGCCACGCCUUCUACGAAACAUUUCUCAACCUCCACAUUCUGUUCGCCCUCGUCGCGAUUGGCUGCACCUGGAUACACUGCGCGACAGCCAAGGUACCUCCGCUGUCGUGGGCCAUCGCCGUCGCCGCGCUCUGGGCCGCCGAUCGUGUGGCCCGAGUCCUCCGUCUCGCCUUUACCAACUGGUCCAACAGAGGCUUCACCGAGGCGCAUUGUGAGGCUCUGCCUGGCGAGGUGACUCGUGUGACGCUUCGUGUUCCGCGAUACGUCGACAUCGAGGCAGGAACACACGCCUACCUGCGCUUUUGGGGUAUCCGUCCUUGGGAAAGCCAUCCGUUUUCGAUUGCCUGGGUCGACCACGAAGCCGCCAAGGCUCUUCCUACCUCGGAAAAGGACCCGCUCACCAACAAACUUGACCGCAAGACGGCAACCACCUCGGUGUCCUUCCUCAUCGCCGCCCAGACUGGAGCGACUCGCUUGCUGUACGACCGGGCUUGCCAGUCGCUCAAGGGCAUUCAUCUGAGGGCGGCCAUGGAAGGACCCUAUGCCGGACAUCACAAUCUCGACUCGUACGGCCACGUCGUCCUUUUUGCCGGCUCGACGGGCAUCACCCACCAAAUCUCCCACGUUCGACAUCUGCUAGAAGGCCACAGCGAAGGCAUGGUUGCAACGAGGAGAGUGACUCUUGUUUGGAUCGUCCGAACAUAUGAAUCUCUAGAGUGGGUGCGUCCAUACAUGGACAUGAUUUUGCGGAUACCGAGCCGCAAGGAUUUACUCCGGAUCCACAUCUUUGUCACGCGUCCGCAAAACCCGCGCGAUAUUGUCAGCGCUAGUACCUCUGUCAAGAUGUUCCCGGGACGGCCAAACAUUCACCUGCUGCUGAACAAAGAGGUGCAGGACCAGAUUGGAGCUAUGUCGGUGAGCGUGUGCGGACCAGGUGGCCUGGCAGACGACGUACGAGGCGCAGUACGAGCAGUACAAGGCGACACCGUGGUGGACUUUAUCGAGGAGAGCUUUACGUGGUGA